AAACAGCCACAACUGCCUUCAAAGGUCGGUUUACCACCCAAGUGGAAUCACAGUGGCUGCUGCCCAGAGCACAUAGGAGCCACCAGUGACUCGGUACAAGCAGUUGGGGCUCAGAAAAGAUCUCCCUGGGCAGGAGCUAUGGCAUGGUCACCUCCCUACUGGCUCUGCAUGCUGGGGACCUUGGUAGGGCUCUCAGCUACCCCAGCCCCAAACAGCUGUCCAGACAAACACUACUGGACUGGGGGAGGACUCUGCUGCCAGAUGUGUGAGCCAGGUACAUUCUUUGUGAAAGACUGCGACCAGGACAGAACAGCUGCUCAGUGUGACCCGUGCAUACCAGGCACCUCCUUCUCUCCAGACUACCACACCCGACCCCACUGCGAGAGCUGCAGGCAUUGUAACUCUGGUUUUCUCAUCCGCAACUGCACAGUCACUGCCAAUGCUGAGUGCACCUGUUCCAAGGGCUGGCAGUGCAGGGACCAGGAAUGCACAGAGUGUGACCCUCCUCUAAAUCCAGCACUGACCAGCCAGCUGUCGGGAGCCCCGAGCCCACAGCCGCCAUCCACCCACUUACCUUACGCCACAGAGAUGCCAUCCUGGCCUCUACAUAGGCUGUUUCCAGACUCAACUGUCUAUAGCCACCAGUCAUCCCAGAGACCCCUGUGCAGCUCAGACUGUAUCCGCAUCUUUGUGACCUUCUCCAGCAUGUUUCUUGUCUUCGUCCUGGCUGGAAUCUUGUUCUUCCAUCAAAGAAGAAACCAUGGGCCAAAUGAAGAUAGCCAGGCGGUGCCUGAAGAGCCUUGUCCUUACAGCUGCCCCAGGGAGGAGGAGGGCAGCGCCAUCCCUAUCCAGGAAGACUACCGGAAACCUGAGCCUGCUUCCUACCCUUGAUCCAGUGCUAGGUGGGGCCCUUUCCGCUGAGGCACCAUCCAGAGAGCUCCCCCACCAUGGUCAUCAGAACCCUUUCCUGUGUCUAUGCAAACUGUCCUUCUGAGACCAAUAGGACAAGUGCAGGACCCCGGUGUGUGGUCCAGCAAGCUGGGGGAGACUCAGGCUCUAGCUGUAAAACAUACUUACUCUAAAUGAAGCCUUCUGGCUGGCAAAACUACAUACCAGGGGAGAAAAUGGCCCACCAAGGGUUCCAGAGAGCACAUUGUACUCUUCCAGAGGACCAGAGUUUGACUCCCAGCGCUGACAGAUGGAUCAAACCCAGCUGUAACUCUAAUAUCAGAGGACCUGACACUUUUGACCUCCUCUGACACCUACAAACACACACCACACACACACAUACCAUACACACCACACACACACCACACACACACAUACUAUACACACCACACACACACCACACACACACACAUAC